CCCAGCGUCCUCCUGCAGAUCGAAGGCUGGGAGAAGCCCUGUGUGGGGAGAGCACAGUUCCCCAAAUCCAGAGAGGAUUCGAAGGACAAUUUGAGGGGUGGCCGGCCAACCAUCAAACGGGAGCCUCCGCUGGAUGAAGAUGAGACAGGACUGCCCUGCUGCCCACUGGCCUGGAAGGGGAGCCAAGACCCCGGUUCCCUCUCUGAGCAGCAGCCCUGGCGGCCAGGAGGCUCCCUAAGGCCGGAUUCUGCAGUCAACCGAGUUUUGUCUCCCUGGGACGCGGGGUCCAAGUGGGCAAACUGCAGCCCGGUGGGGAAACAGGCUUUGCCGGCGGGAUUUCAGUCUGUCCCUCCAGAGGCUGGGAAAAGCAAUCUCUGCCCCCUGAGUGUCGCUGCUCCCCAGGCAGGCGCCCACGAGGAGAUGCUACUGAUCUGCACCCAGUGCCAGAAAUGUUUUCCCAUCCAUUCUGCUCUCCCAACAGUGAUGCACCGUGGAGCAUUGGGGCAGGUGUGCCCUGCAUGUGAGAACGGCUGUGUUAAGAGCCCCCCGACCCUCGCUCAACCCCCAAGCCAAACUGGGGUGUUGCCCUGCUCCUGUACGCACUGCUCCACGCCGAGCGUCCGCCCAAGGGGUGUCCUGAAGGACGAGAGACCCUACAAGUGUGCGAAGUGUGACAAGACCUUCCGAUACGCCCACGAGUACAGCUGGCACCAGAAGGUCCACGCCGGAGAAAAGACCUACCGGUGCAGCGACUGCGCCAAAGUCUUCCGGCACAAACAGGAGCUGACGUGGCACCAGCGCACCCACACGGCGGAGUGGCCCCACAAAUGUGGCACCUGCGAGAAGAACUUCCGCUUCAAGCAGGAGCUGACGUGGCACCUGAAGACCCACUCGGUGGAGCGACCGUACAAGUGCCCGGAGUGCGAGAAGAGCUUCCGGUACAAGCAGGAGUUCAUGUGGCACCAGCGGGCCCACAUCGGUGACCGGCCAUACAAGUGUCCGGAGUGUGAGAAGAGCUUCCGUUUCAAGCAGGAGUUCUCCUGGCACCAGAGGAGCCACACCGGAGAGAAGACCUACCGGUGUCCCGGCUGCGAGAAGACCUUCCGCUACAAGCAGGAGUUCGUUUGGCACCAACGGAUCCACACCGGGGAGCAGCCAUACCCCUGCGCCUCCUGUAGCUCCACCUUCACCUGCCGGCAGGAGUACAUGCGCCACCAGCGGCUGCACGACGGAGAGAAGCCCUACCAGUGUCCCCAUUGCGAGAAGACCUACCGCCGGGGAUCCACCCUCAUCCGGCACCAGCGUAUCCACAUGGGCAAGGAGGGGCCCUUUGAAUGCCCGCACUGCCAACGAGCCUUUGGCCAGAGCGCCAACCUCCUCAAACACCAGCGCAUGCACAGCCUGAAGGGCGAGACGCUGGAGGCUGCCUCAGACUGGCAGCCCUGCCUGCAGAGCUUGCGGGGGACCACGCAGCAGGACACCGUGCCCAGUGUGCUCAGCCUGAAGACGGCUUCAGGGGGCGCCCUGCUCCUGCUAAACCUUCCGGACUCCAACUGUGGGAGAGAUCCGGCGGCCAAGCCCAAUGCGUGGCAGCCUCAGAUGUGACCCGGCUCACAUGGUGGCAUUUGGGGGCUGGGAUCUUUUCAACUUCAAGAGUUGAAUUGGGUCCACCAUGUGUCAGACCUGCCCCAGCUCAGGACCCUGGGAAAGUAAGACCCCCGACUCCCAUUUGUUUAGUUUACUUUAUUGUCAUUGCACCUCGUACAACGAAAUCGAACACCAUCUUCAGUGC